CAACAGGAAGUUGUUUUUCGUGCCAUUUUUGAUCUGGUCUGUCACAAAUCAAUUGGUUCGUUGGCGAGAAAAUGAAUUCAAAGUGUUUGUCCGCUUGGUCCAAGUUAAAGUAGAGCAAACGCGGACAGUUUUUGCAAUCAUGGUGUCUGCGGGAAAGGAAAACGGGUAUUCAUAAGCAGCACGUUUCCUGCGAGGUGACACCGACAUACAGUGUGAUAGGCAGACGAUACCAACUCAGGAUGGGUGCCGAGAGCAGUGCCCUGCCAAGCUGUGUGCUGGAGGAGCCACUGCUGACGCUGCCCUCUGGUCUCACCAUGUUCUCUGCCCUCCUCCGGGAUGGCAAGCCUGCCUCUGUGUUUGUACAUAAGCAAGACAAUGAAGACAAAGUCAAUAAAGCUGCCAAGCAUUUGAAGACAUUAAGGCAUCCGUGUCUUCUUCGCUUCCUGUCAUGUUCAGUGCAGGAUGGAGGCAUACACUUAGUGACAGAGCCAGUUCAACCAUUAAAACGGCUGCUAGACAAUCUUUCUGCUGAGGAGAUCUGUGCAGGCCUCUAUGACCUGCUGCAAGCACUAGUCUUUUUACAUGACCGGGGCAAAUCAAGUCACAACAAUGUGUGCAUAUCCUCAGUUUUUGUCGGUGAAGAUGGUCAUUGGAAGCUUGGUGGGAUGGAGACUGUCUGCAAGUUUUCAGAGGCAACACCAGAGUUUCUCAAAAGUAUCCAGAAUGUAAGGGAAAAUGGUGCCAUUCCUCCUGAGGAGAAGCUUGAAGGAUUCAAAACUCUUCCCGAAAAGCAUGCCCACUCCCGAGAUGCUUUUUCAUUUGGAGUGAUGGUGGAGGCCCUUCUUCCACUGCUGACGGGACAUGUCUCAGAUGAUUUGUUGGUGAGUCUAAAGAACAUGCUGCAGGCCAGCCUGUUGACCCCUGACCACAAGUCUCGUCCAUCUCUUAGCACUCUGCUGACUCACAACUUCUUCAGAAAUGACUUUUUGGAUAUCAUGAAUUUUCUGAAAAGUCUGACCCUCAAAAACGAAGAGGAGAAGAAUGAAUUCUUCAAGUUUCUCUUGGACCGGGUACAGAACCUCCCGGAGGAGUUAAUUGCAACACGUCUGGCUCCUAAACUGCUCAAUUCUUUGGUCUUUGCUGAGCCCAUGGCUGUGAAAAGCUUUCUUCCUCACCUUUUGCAGCCUAAGCAAGACUCGAGUGUGAACGCCGGGGAGGAGUGCCUUCUGUCUUUGUCUCUCUACAGGAGAUAUGUGGUUCCUCAUCUCCUGAAGCUCUACAAGGUGAACGAGGAGCAUGUCAGGAUGGUGCUUCUCUCCCACAUUCACGUCUACGCUGAAUUCUUUCCACUUGAAGAACUCAAAAAACAGAUUCUUCCUCAGGUUUUGCUGGGAAUGCGAGACACAAAUGACUCACUUGUCGCAAUGACACUACAGAGCUUGGCCGUGCUUGUCCCUUUGCUCGGUGCACAAGUGGUUGUUGGUGGGGAAAGAACCAAAGUUUUUAAACGGACUACACCAAACUUCACCAAGUCCACAGAAGUCACUCCAGAGACAUCGCCUGUGCAUAUCGUUGGGUCAUCGCAUCCCCAUAUCUCACAACCGCCAACGGUCCUAAAUUUGUUCUCUAAAGGCUCGGAGGACCAAAAGGUGGUUCUAGAAAAUAUGUACUCCUUCCAAGCUGCUGAAAACACCACAUCCGAGCACAUUUCAGAAAGGACGGUAUUUAGCAGCGAGAUGUCGUUCCCUUUGAAUGGGUACAGAAUGAGCACACAACCUGUGGAGAGCAGGAAGAGUAACGGCGAGGUGAGAACUGAUGAAGACUGGCCCAACUGGAGUGACACAGAGGAGAUGGAGAAAGACAAGAGCCAGUCAGUCCAGAUCAGUAUUCAGUCAGCGGAAAUCCCAGAUCAGAGGAACUCCACUAUACAAGCUCACAAAGAGGAUGAUGGUGAGGAACCCUGGGAUGAUUUUGAGGACUCUGAAGUGACCUCGGACCAGUCGCCCUCCACUCGUUUGCCAGUCUCUGUACCAAAGAUGUCCGCUAAAAGCACUGGAUUAUCACUGUCUGAACCUAGCGCAGGACCUCUAAGGCCAUCAAAAGCACUCAGAUUGAACCCUAGCAUGAAAAGCGCUCCAGAUCACAACCAUACAACAUCAUGGGACACCGGCUGGAACCAGGAAGCGAACACCCUCAAACCCAACAAAACAAGCUUAUCAUCAGAGCCCAGGCCAAAAAGCACAAUCAGAAGCCCUGCAGCUGGAAGUCUCGGCGAGGAGUUCACCAUCGCGGUGAAGAAGAAGUUCGAGCCAGACCCAGAACUAGACUUCUUUGCAGACAUGAUCCCGGAUAUAAAGCUGUCUUCCUCAUCUCUUCUGCUCCCUGUGGAGAGCUCAGCCAGUGUAGCCGUCAUGGGACACGUAACAUCAGAUCCAUCCAUAGACACAGUGAGCCUCACUGCCAAGUUUGCUGCAGCUGAUUUAACCGAGACGGAGACAGAAGGCUGGGGUGAUGACCUCAAAUGGGAAGAUGAGAAUGCUUGGUGAUCACUUCUACAGAAAGCCAUAUGAGAGAUUCCCAUAAAUAACACUGCGUAUGACAUUAUCACUAAAGGCCAGUCAAUUAUACCACAACUGAUGUACAAA